GUUAUCCACCCAGAAAUUACAACUCAUCAAUUUCUACCCAUUAAUCAAACAAACAAGUGCCACAGACUACAACAUUAAAGAAGAAAAAGUGGUGUAUAUAAAGGUGGGACUAUAUUUAAAGCUCAACUACAUAAUUAUAUUCAUCUCAUAAUUAUAUAUACAUCUCUUGUUCAACCAACUUCAUCUUCACUAAAACACUAUGAAGUUCUAUAUCAUCCUAAUCCUCAUUUCCUUCACAUUUGGUUUCCUUAAGGAAGUUGUUUCAAAUCCAACUCCUCGUCCAUUCGAGGCAAUUUUCAACUUUGGUGACUCUUUAAGUGACACCGGAAAUUUCCUUGCCUCUGGUGCUAUUUUAUUCCCUGUCAUAGGUAAGCUUCCUUAUGGUGAAACCUUCUUUCAACAUGCAACCGGUCGUUGUUCAGAUGGAAGACUAGUGAUUGACUUCAUAGCUGAGGCAUAUGGAUUACCAUAUUUGCAACCAUAUCUAAAAGUAACCAAAGAUCACCAAAAGAUCUACAAUGGUGUAAAUUUUGCGGUGGCUGGAGCCACAGCACUUGAUGUAGAAUUUUUCAUCCAAGAGGGACUUGCAAAGUUGCUAUGGACAAAUGAUUCAUUGAACAUUCAGCUUGGCUGGUUCAAGAAGCUGAAACCUUCCCUUUGUACAACUAAACAAGAUUGUGAUAGCUACUUCAAAAAGUCACUCUUUGUGGUGGGAGAGAUAGGUGGUAAUGAUUAUAACUAUGCUGCCUUUGCUGGAAAUAUUAGUGAUCUCCAAGCCACUGUUCCUCUAGUUGUUGAAGAAAUAACAAAGACCAUCACUGAACUGAUUGCUGAAGGGGCAGUGGAACUUUUGGUGCCGGGCAAUUUGCCAAUUGGAUGUUCUGCUGUGUACCUAACUUUGUUUAGAAGCAAGAACAUAGAAGACUAUGAUAAAAAUGGAUGUUUGAAAGCUUUCAAUGGCUUUGCAAAGUACCAUAACAAGCAGCUCAAUCUUGCAUUAGAGACACUAAGGCAGAAAAAUCCUCAUGCAAGAAUAAUAUAUGCAAACUAUUUUGGUGCAGCCAAUCGUUUCUUCCAUGCACCAAGACACUAUGGGUUCACUAAUGGAGCAUCGAGAGCGUGUUGUGGUGGAGGUGGACCUUACAAUUUUAAUAAUUCGGCAAGAUGUGGUCAUUCAAAUUCAAAAGCAUGUGCAGACCCAACAACAUACGCAAAUUGGGAUGGAAUUCACUUAACAGAAGCAGCUUAUAGGCACAUUGCAAAAGGUCUAAUUGAGGGUCCUUUCACAAAUCCUCCUCUCAACCCGUCACUCUUUAAGAUAGCAUAGACUAGACAUUCUAUGUUUCAUGUUUAAUUUUAUUAACAUUAAUGUGUAUGUCUGACACCAAAAAUGGACAACUUUUCUAAUUGGAUUCGAAAUUAGGUUCUUCACAUAGGAAUCUAUUCUUCCCAUAAAACAAUGAGCUGAUAUUUUUUUCA